AUGCAUCCUCAUGUGCUCAGUCACCCCAAUUGGAGGGAUGCCCAGCCUGCCAAGGAUAGAGCAAGGGCUGGCAGUGGUGCUGAUGAUGCUGCAUUUCGUGGCGGUCAGCUCUGUGGUCCUCGACGGAAGCUGAUUCUUUGCUUCGAUGGGACUGGAAACAAGUUCCGUGGCGAUGAUAGCGAUAGCAACAUCUUGAAGAUCUUUCGCAUGUUGGACAGUUCAGCGAAUGACCAGUUCCACUAUUACCAGCCUGGAAUUGGAACUUAUGUUGUCUCUGACACCUUAACACACAACGGCUUACGAGCCAAGUGCAAGUCAUGGUAUCAAAUGGCCAAAGACUCGGCAAUCGGUUCCUCUUUUGACCAACAUGUAGUGGGUGGCUAUCGGUUCUUGAUGCGAUAUUACUCUCCAGGGGAUGAGAUCUACAUGUUCGGCUUUUCGCGGGGAGCCUAUGUCGCUAGAUUCCUAGCAGAGAUGCUAGACUUUGUCGGCUUGUUGGCGCAUGGUAACGAGGAGAUGGUCUCCUUCGCAUGGAACUCAUUUUCUCAGUGGCAGGCCAGAAGGAGUAACUCCACACCACAGGGCAAGGAAGACCGUGAGAAGAUGUAUCAGUUCCUUAAAGGGUUCCGGGAAACAUUCUCACGGCCAAUCCGUCGCAUUAGAUUCUUGGGACUCUUCGACACGGUGAACAGUGUCCCCCGCUUCGAGACUGCAUGGAUGCAACGCAGUAAAUUCCCGUACACGGCAAGAAGCUCCGCCAAAGUUAUAAGACACGCCGUUAGCAUUGAUGAGCGUCGUGCUAAGUUUCGACAAGAUCUGAUAUAUCAAGAACCCAACAAAACCCACAAGAAGCAUGCAGCUAGGCGCAUGAUGGAACACAAUCCCUUUAAUGAGAAGGUGCAAGAAUUUCAGGAAAAGUAUCGUCCAGGGCGACGAUCAACUCUUGCACCAGAAGAUAUAGUUGCCGCCGAAGAUCGUGGCAGGCGGCGAGUGAGUGGUCAGGCUGAGGAUGCUGACCACCCCGCGCCUUUCCGUAGUCGCUCUAGAUCCAAGUCAAGGGCAACGGAACGGUCACAGCAGUAUGGGACUGAGCAUGACGCCUCAUCGAUCAACUCCAAACCGCCCAUGGCCGAUCUAGGUUAUGACUCGGACGACGAAGAGCAAGAUGUCGACGAGGUUUGGUUUUCUGGAGGACAUGGUGAUAUCGGAGGUGGUUGGGACGCGAUUGCAGGCCAUAAGAACGCUAGCCAUAUUCCACUGGUCUGGAUGGUGCGGGAGGCCAUGCGAGCAGGUUUGACGUUUGACAUUGAGCAGCUUGAGCAGCUGGGCUGUGUUGAGUCAAUCACUAACCCCGGGUUCGAUUACGAUCCCUCACGUCCCACAUCUCCCAAGUCGCCCAUCAAGCCACAAGAUGUUCCCACCGUUCCAGCGAUCCACGUGGAUGCCCCAUCACCACUGGGUUCUCCGGUUGCAUCCCCGACUGUGUCACCGACGGGAUCGGCAACGGAGCCAGUCGAUGAGGAAGCAGACCGUUUGACUCAUUCACAAACUACCACUCUCUUCAGGGAUAUGCUUCGGACGGCGCAUGAGGCAGAGAUACACGAUUCGCUCGAUUUUCGUUGUGGAAUGCACCCAGCCACUGUAUUCAUGUGGCGUCUCAUGGAGCAUUUGCCGUUCCGGCGACUCGAUUUGAGGCCUGACGGGAGCUGGAAACCAAUUCGUUGGCCUCUGCCGCGAGGUGAAGUCCGAGAUGUCCCUGAUAAAGUGAGAGUACACGGCAGCGUAAUUCGGAGGAUGGAGAGAGAUAGCACGUACAGACCUGGUAACCUGAUUGUUGGUGGAGGAGGCAGAGGGUGUAGGGUGGCACCCAAAGAAUAUGGUAUGGGCCAAUGGGUGUGCAUCCAAGGCCAAGGUGACCCUAUUGACGAGAUUUGGGUCCGGAAGCCUGAGAAAGAUCAAAAUAUGGCAUAA